GGCAAAGUCGAGUCGAGGCGUGGUCUCUCCUCCUUUGCCCGGCGCAUCGGAUUCUUGUUUUCUCGCUCCCUUCAACCGCCCGCCUGUCUCGCUUUCGUCUUCUCUGAACCGAAGCGGGCACCCAACAGAAAGAUCCGCCCUCGCUGCGUGCCCGCCCCUUCUGCCACACCCAAACCCACCACCGGCACAAGCAACAAGCUCAAGCCAGCCGGUUCGUUCCUCCAUCCCUCUCCCUCUCUCUGUGCCAUCCGCCCUUCAGUGACACCCGCACCGGUCCAUCCACACAAACAUCGCUGCAUCAGCAUCAUGGCGAUGAGCGGCGGCCGUCAACAGAACCCUUUUGAGCUGCUGCAGGAGGAGCGCAAGAUCAUGCGGCAGAAGCAGAAGGCGCAGAAGCGCAAGGAGGAGGAGGAGAGGCGGCGGCAGCAGCUGGCCGAGAACGCCAAGAAGCCCUACGUCAGGGAGGCGGGCAAGAGCUGGGCGGACGUCAGCGACGACGACGACGACUUCUUUGACGGCGGUGGGAGAGGCGGUGGGCAGAGGGACGCAUUCCACUCGCCCAAACACGGUGGGUAGCUACGGUCAGCCGCCCAUUCACCCAACCAGCACUCCACACCACCUGACCUCACCCCAGAGGCGACUGUAUAUGUGUGUGUGUGCAGGUGGUGGCAGGCCGGCUGCUGCCAAGGACGACGACCUGAGUGAGGAGGAGGACGAAGUGGACAACGAUGACGAGUCGGAUGAGGAGGCGCAUGGCGAGGGAGGGUCGGUGGAGGCCUCCCCCGCACAGGCGCCCACCUCGCCGCCCGUCGCACCUAUGCCGUCGCCGCCAAAGACACAAGAUGCACACGGUGAGAGAAGGGACAGGCAAUGACACUGACGGAGUGCCUUUCUUUCAUCCGCUGUAACUGUGUGUGUGGUCAGUGUCUGCGGGUGCGGUUGACGUGAGGAAUUUGAGCAAGAAGGAGAGGCAGGAGCUCAAGAAGAAGGAGCUCGAGGAGCUGGACGCGCUACUCGCCGACAUGGGACGUAAGCAAGCAGUCCACACACUUACCCACACACACACACGCAUCGCCUUCACAUCUGUAUGGAUGGAUGUCCCUCUCCCUCUCCCUCCCUCUCCGUGUGUGUCAGUCAAGACGGCCGAAGAGCCCUCCCCCACGGCAGCAGACGAAGCGCAGCAGCAGCAGCCGUCCGCACCGGCCAACGGCCACACGCAGGACGCCUCCACCGCUGCCGACCAGGAGCCACCCGCUGCAGGGGUCGCAGCGGCCGACAAGAAGAAGAAAAAGAAAAAGAAGAAAGACAAAGAGGCCGAGGAGGGAGCCGACGCCGCAACAGCCCACAACGGGCACCCCUCCGUCGCAGAGAACGGGCAGGAGCCGCCGGCCACCACUGAGACCCAGCAGCAGCAGCAGCAGCAGGAGGCAGCUGAGGAGGGGGGUGCCACCGAGGGUGCUGCCGUCGACAAGGAGAAGGCGCUGGAGGCGCUCAAGCAUCGGCUGGCGGCCGGCAAGAAAAAGGGUGGCGGCAAGGGCGUACAGAGUGCAGUGCUGGAGGAGGUCAAGAAGCGCAAGGAGGGCAAGAAGGAGAAGAAGGACAAGACAUUCUUCGACCGAUAGAUAGACACAUAGAUACAUAGCAGAGAUGGACAGACGACACACGCACACACACAUACUGACUGCAGACUGGGCCGGGGAGGGAUGGAGGGAGGGCGGGGAGGGAGGGAGAGAGAGAGAGGAGGGAUUGUAUGUGGGAUGGUGUUUUCAAUUGCGGGCUGUCAGCUCAAUGGAUCGCGCGUACGUUGUGCGCGG